AUGUCUGAAAUAGAGAGGAGAUUUCUUGGUACUUUUUUGUUUUGGGCAACUCAAAAAGGAAGGAUUAAGGAGGGGAGAUUGCGCGGACAUGGAAUGCAAGUCGGUGACACUGUCUCGGGACCAAGGGCAGACUUAUCUUCUGCUGAAGUCAAAGAAGGUUAUGAGUUUCUCCUUUCAUUGGUUCCAGGGAGGUGGCCUUUACCAAAUUUAUGCAGCCCAGUGUUUCAGAAAUUCAUUGAGCACAUCCUUCAGAAUGUGAAGGAUCUUCUCAUCAACAAGAAAGAUUUCGACAAGUUUGUACUUCUGAAGAAAGAGUUUCAAGUCCUUGAAGAAAGUCUAAAAUAUCUAAAAACCUUCCUCAAUUUCAUAAAAGAUGCAAGCAUGGAGCUAGAGAAAUCCAACAUUCUUUUUAAUCAUAUAGAGGGCAUCACAGUGAAUGCUGCAUACAUAUGUUACCUUUGUUAUGUGGAAGAAAUGGAUGGAGAUUCAGCAUCUGUGUUGACACUACAAAUCUCUCAUGUUUUGAAAGAUAUCAAGCCCAUUGAUCCGGACGUUGCAGAAAUCUAUACUGGAGCUCUAAGAGGUUCAGUUAAAUUGCAAAUCCAAUACAGCCGGGAUGUGAUAGAAUUUGUUGAAGGUUUUGUUCAUUUCAUCUUCAAGGAUUUGUUGGAGUUAUCAGACGGUGAGGCAUGUUCUUUGAUGCUUCCUCUUAAAAAGGAUCAAAUCAAAAGCCUUGCCGAAGCAUCAAAGCAAUUGAUAACUUUGCUCAUUUCUCCACCUGAAGAUUUAUAUGUUAUCCAGGAAAAAAUGAGUGACAAACUUACUUGCAUUGAAGGUCUGAUUGCUGAGGUAGUAUCUGCUGCUUUCUCUUUCUCCGUUGACAAAGCAGCAGAAGUUAACUCGGUAUUCAGUGACUUGUUAAAAAAGAUUGAGCAUGUCAUGGAAGAUCUAAAAGAUGUGAUUUUGAAAGAUGUAGUGUCAUCAAAAUGUAAUUUUCCUAGGACAAAUGGAUUGGGGUUCAUCGAUUCCCUCUUACGCUAUCUAAAAGAGCUGCUGCAAGACGGAAAGUGUGAUUCUGUUGUCAAGCAUCAUAUUGAAGAAGCUCGGGAAGAGUUAUAUCUCUUAAGAUACUUCUUGAAGGAAGUUGAGAAGAAAAAACAUGAGUUUGAGGAGGUGAAGAAACAUGAUCUAUGGACAGAAGUCAUAUCUCUAGCAUACCAGGCAGAAUGCAUAAUUGAUUGCCUGGUUACCGGAGAUUAUCCUGUUUGGUAUCUACAUUUGUUAUGUAAGAUCACAACAGAAACUAAGGUUGUAAGGGAUCAUUUGAAAGAGUUCCAUGCUACGAUUACGCAAGAAGUUGAAGGCCCUAUUGAAGAACAAACACCAAAUCCUGUCAGACAAGUAGUUGAGACUACACAACUUGAUGAGGUAAUGGUGGGUUUUAAGGAUGAGACUGACUUGCUAAUCGAACAGCUCACUAUAGGACCAAAGAACUUGGAUGUUGUGUCUAUCGUAGGGAUGCCUGAGCUGCUGCAAGACGGAAAGUGUGAUUCUGUUGUCAAGCAUCAUAUUGAAGAAGCUCGGGAAGAGUUAUAUCUCUUAAGAUACUUCUUGAAGGAAGUUGAGAAGAAAAAACAUGAGUUUGAGGAGGUGAAGAAACAUGAUCUAUGGACAGAAGUCAUAUCUCUAGCAUACCAGGCAGAAUGCAUAAUUGAUUGCCUGGUUACCGGAGAUUAUCCUGUUUGGUAUCUACAUUUGUUAUGUAAGAUCACAACAGAAACUAAGGUUGUAAGGGAUCAUUUGAAAGAGUUCCAUGCUACGAUUACGCAAGAAGUUGAAGGCCCUAUUGAAGAACAAACACCAAAUCCUGUCAGACAAGUAGUUGAGACUACACAACUUGAUGAGGUAAUGGUGGGUUUUAAGGAUGAGACUGACUUGCUAAUCGAACAGCUCACUAUAGGACCAAAGAACUUGGAUGUUGUGUCUAUCGUAGGGAUGCCUGGUCUUGGAAAAACUACACUAGCAAAGAAAGUUUUUCAUGAUGAGAAAAUGCAGCGUCAUUUUGACAUCCAAGCUAUGUGUUGUGUUUCCCAAACUUAUGACAGAAGAAAGUUGCCGCUCGGAAUUUUGAAUCAAGUCAAAGGCUCUAACCAACAGAAUGAGAAAAAUCCAGAAGAUGCUUUGCGGAAAUUUCUGUUAAGAAAGAAGUACCUUCUCUACAUUGAUGACAUAUGGAGUGUUGAGACAUGGAAAUACUUGAGAAGAUGCUUACCGGAUGAUAAUAACGGAAGCAGGAUUUUAUUAACUAGCAGACUCAGCGAUGUGGCUUCAAAAAUUAAACCUGAUAGAGCACCUCUUCACCUUCGUUUCCUUGACGAAAAUGAAAGUUGGGAACUAAUGAGAAUCAAGCUGUUCAAGGAACAAACUUGCCCGCCUGACCUAUCAAAAGUAGGAGCAAACAUCGCAAGUAAGUGUAAAGGACUACCUCUCCUUGUGAUUUUGGUUGCUGGAGUUUUGUCUGGGAUAAGCGAAAAUGAGGAAAGUUGGAGAAGAAUCGCAGAAAGUAUAAAGUUAGAUACUGUUACUAGUGCAAAAGAGUGCAUGGAGGUUAUAGAACUGAGCUACAAGCACAUGCCAGAUCAUCUCAAACCCUGCUUUCUAUAUUUUGCAUCAUUUCAGGAGGAUGAAGAAAUUCCACUCUCAAACUUGGCAUGGUUAUGGACUAUCGAGGGAUUGGUGCCAAACAUAGGGCUCGAUGCAAAAAUUUUACUGAAUGAUCUCAUCGGUAGAAGCUUGAUAAUGGUGAGCAAGAGAAAGUCCACUGGAGGAGUCAGAACAUGCCGCAUUCAUGAUAUGUUACAUGAUUUUUGCGUGACAAAGUCUAAGGAAGAGAAGUUUAUGCAACUAACAAGCACCGGGAAGACUGAUUUGUCUAGUUCCUUUUAUGAGCACCGGAGGCUUUGCAUUCAUCAUAGCCUUUAUUGGGCAGGGAAGAUUGGAAACAUGCAAGUUCGAUCUGCAUUCUUCAGACCCCCGAAAUCUGGCUGCCAGGAAUUUCUUGAUCUUGAGAACUUUAAACUAUUAAGAGUACUACAAAUGGAAUGUACUAUGUCGGAGAGUUCAUUCCAGAGAUCAAAAGAGCUGAUCCAUUUGAAGUACUUAGGAAUCAAAGGCUAUAUGGUAUCUAUGCCAUUAUGGAUAUCGAACCUUUCAAACCUAGAGGUAUUGCUUGUAAUAACAGUAGGCAGUGGCACAAUUUUACCGAUGACCAUCUGGAAUAUGCCAAGGCUAAAGCAUGUACAUGUUGAACCUGUUGCAUCUUUUGAUGGACGCAUUCCUCAGACAUCGACAAACAUAUGUUGCAUCGAGACCUUGGCCACAGUGUCUCUCACUAAUGAGCUAGUAGACUACAUGGUCAAGAAGGUCUAG